AUGGAUAGACUGUUUGCAGUAAGAAAAGGUACUUGGACUGAAGAAGAAGAUCAUCUUCUACGCCAAUGCAUCGAGAAGUAUGGAGAAGGAAAGUGGCAUCAAGUUCCCCUUAGAGCAGGGCUGAGAAGAUGCCGAAAGAGUUGCAGGUUGAGAUGGUUAAACUAUCUCCGCCCCAAUAUCAAAAGAGGAGAGCUCACGCAAGAUGAAGUUGACCUCCUCGUCAGGCUUCACAAGCUCUUAGGCAACAGAUGGUCCUUAAUCGCUGGUAGACUUCCGGGAAGAACAGACAACGAUAUCAAGAAUUACUGGAACACUCACUUCAACAAAAAGAAAACUGGUAUUACUGCUUCGAAACAGGAAGAGGAAGCAAGAAGUCCUGUGAGCAAGAAAAACGAACUUAUAAAGCCUCGACCAUGGACCUUCCCCAAAAGUUCCCCUUGGGUGUUAGGAAAAUUUUCUUCAUCUACCUCUCCUGACCUAUCUGCUAUUAAUGUUGUUGUUACUAGCCGUAAUUCAAGCGAAACAAUGGGCAUGACAUGUCCUAUUCUUCCUAGUAUUCAAGGGUCCACUAGGCUAGAACAACAAAGCGACUCUGUUGAUAAAGAAUUGGAGAAAGGCAAGUCAGGCUAUAUCAAUGGAUGUGGAGAAGAUGAAGAUCUGAUUAGAAGUCUCUGGGUUGAAGAUCUCCAACCAAUGAUACAGGUUGGAAAUGAUACUUCUUUGGAAGAAGGUAGCAUAGGUUGGAAUGAUGACUUCUUUUCGGAGUUCAACUUUUGGGAUACACUGGUAGUUGAAGAUGAAAGCGACUCCUUUGAUAAAGAAUUGGAGAAAGGCAAGUCAGGCUAUAUCAAUGGACGUGAAGAAGAUGAAGAUCUGAUUAGAAGUCUCUGGGUUGAAGAUCUGCAACCAAUGAUACAAGUUGGAAACGAUACUUCUUUGGAAGAAGGUCGCAUAGGUUGGAAUGAUGACUUCUUUUCGGAUUUCAACUUCUAG